UCACCUCACCUGUGUAAUCUCGGGCGCACGAACACACACACACACACACACGGAGCCAAGGGCUGCAGAGCACGGAGGACACGAUACGAGGAGGAAACGCUCGGUUGGAAGGGAAGGGAAGCAGCGGGACAAGGAAGAGGAGAAGAGGGAGGAAAAGCGAAAUGUCUCAGUCUGCGGCUCCGAACAGCAGCACGGCGGCCACGUCCUUCCCGGCGCCCGUGAUCAGCCUCCCCGUGGGGCUCGACGUGCUGCGGACGUAUUCCGGGGCGCUCGCCUGCCUCGAGAUUUUCUUCGGGGGUCUCGUGUGGAUCCUCGUGGCCUCGGCCAACGUGCCCGUCCCCCUCCUGCAGGGAUGGGUCAUGUUCGUGUCCGUCUCCACGUUCGUCUUCUCCAGCGCCUACCUGGCCGUCUUCCUGCUGGGCCUCGUCGACAGGAUCGACACCGACUGGAACUUCCUGGAUAUGACCUAUCACUUCUGCGCCCUGCUCUUCUACUUCGGUGCGUUUGUUCUCGAGGCGGCCACAACAGCUGCCCACGGACAUUCCUACAUCAGUGUCGCCAAUGUCACAUCUUCCGGUCUGCUGUGUCUAUCCCGACCGGCUCAGAACAUCCUCGUCUUCAUGGAUGACCGUCAGUACAGAGUUAAUGUGGCAGCUACAAUUUUUGCAUUUGUGGUGACCGUAUGCUACGGCUGCAGUAUGUUCAUGGGCUUCAAACGGUGGAGGAAGUAACUACGACAGCAACCUGAGGAGCAACGGCGCAGGGAGAGACUGACGAAACUGAGAACCUCAGCCACGCUCCUCGGGAGUGGCAUCACGACAGACUCUCCCUAAUCACAGUAGACAUUCCACGACCGGUAUUAUUUAAGGUGACUUUUCCAAGUAAAAUAGAUUAUAUAUGCAGUGCCGAACACUGAUUAGCUACGUAUCUGAAGAGCAAAGUAUGUGCAGAAUAAAUAAGGACAGAAUACAGCAGUAUAACCGCAGUCAUCUUUUAUACGCGUUGCCCUGGGGUGUAAAUGUCCCGGAAGUUUGAACAUUUAUCAUUGUACAUAUUUAUUAUGUUUUAUAAAAACAGUGACUUUAUUGUAUUAGUGCCUUGUGAUGCAUAGUUUAUGUGCAGUGUGGCAACCCCUGAUUAAGUAUUUUCCUUUUAGCUGAGACAGACAGGUGUUUUUCUACUUUAAUUUAUAUUUAGUGUCCGUCUGUAUCCACUUUUGUUUUUACGUGUUCGAUUAAAAUAAAACGAAUUCACCC